AUGCUGGAUUAUGAAUUGCGCGAAUGUGAGAACACGCUGUAUGUAGUGAUGGAGAAGGGCGAUAUUGACUUGGCGACAUUUUUGAAAACUCGACGAACCGAGAUCGACUUCUCCUUUAUUAAAUAUCAUUGGAAUGAGAUGCUUCGAUGUGUGAAAGUCAUCCACGACAGAAGUAAGGCGGAGUUAUAGAUCGUGCAUUCUGAUCUAAAGCCGGCGAACUUUUUGCUAGUUAAAGGAAGUCUUAAAUUAAUCGACUUUGGCAUUGCAGCUGGAAUCCCGAAUGACAUGACUGCCGCAAUAAAAGAAAGUCAGAUGGGUACAUUGAGCUAUAUGGCCCCCGAAGUGCUGCAACAAGAAAAUGUCGAUGGAAAGUUCAAGAUUCCAUUAAAAGCUGAUGUUUGGUCUUUGGGGUGCAUUUUGUACAAUAUGGUUUUCGGUCGUCUUCCGUUUUCGAUGAAAAACCAAAUCGCUAAAAUCUCAGCCAUUCUAAAUCCCAACCACGUAGUAGAUUUCUCUGGCUGUCGUGAUCCUCUACUUGUCGACGUUCUCAAAGUUAGUUCUGAAAAUAUGCGUUAUCCUAAUAGUGUCCUUCUCUUUUUAUUCUUAUUUAUUACUUAG